CUCCCUCUUCUCCCCCCCCCCACGCCCUCACACACUCUCUCCUCUACACUAUCCUCUUCUUCACGUUUCUCUCACCUUCGCGCCUCUGUCUAUUUUCCAGAAUCCACUUCCACUUAUAUUCUAUCUCCUCACUACGAACAUGAAGCUCUCCGCUGCUAUUGUUGCUUUGGCUGGCUUGGUCGCCGUCACCUCUGCUCAAGGGCUUGGCGACCUCCCGGAAUGCGCUCAAAAAUGUGCCACCAAAGGCAUUCCCAAGGACUGCGGCAUUGAUGCCAAGUGCAUCUGCACAUCUGCGUCUUUCCUUGAAGCAAUCACCUGCUGCGUGGCUCAGAACUGCACGCCGGCAGAACAGCAAGAAUCCGUUCGUUACGCAAAUAAAAUCUGUGGUACUGUUGGCAUCACCGAUCUCCCGCAGAGCGCCGUCUGCACAACCGGAACUGCCCAGCCAAGCGGCGGCAGCAGCACUUCGGCCUCAGCCAACACCGCUUCUCAGGCCACAGGCGGCUCCACGGGCUCUAGCGCUCCCACAUCCACAGGCGCUUCAUCCAACCCCAACCCGAAUCCUACAAGCGACAACCCUCCUGAAACCCAGACCUCCUCUCCCAACGGGGCUGCGGCUGCUCUUAGCAAUGCCAAUGGUGGUGCCAUCGCUGCCGUCGCCGCUCUGAUCGUGGCCUUCGCAUAAGCACCUCAGCACGCGCCCCCCAUCAUUUCCACAGUCAUGAAAUAUGAAAUGGAACGCGGUUGUAGACCCUUUACUUUUAUUUUAUUUUUUUUUUUCCCUCAAUAUUAAUAACCUAAUUAAUGCAAACGUGACAUGAUGAGCAUGCUUUGUCAUAGCAAUCGCGUGAUAAUGGUACCUAGUGAAUGGGAAAGGCUGGCCGCUGGGGGUUGAAAGGGUUUCAAUUUUUUUACUUUCGAUCAGCAAAUGGUCAAUGCCAGUGUCAUAUAAUUAUUUUUUUCAAAGGCUCUGUUUUAAU